CAUUCACACCGAAGACUGAUCCGUCGCAGUCACGGUGUCGAUCUCCGUACGCAGAUGACGCGAGGAUGCUUUCUCCUUCGCUGAGGCAUCUCCAGACUUCCCACCGACUUUCCGAAUCCAGGUUGCCUCGAUGGAUCGAUCGCGAGAGCCUUUUGAGUUGGGGGCUGAUCUGAACAUAGCCCGCCCGCCCUACUUCAGUUAGAACUUCGGUGCCGCGUUGUGCCGUGCGGCUGCGUACUGAAACCCCGCGUGCAUCCCACGCCGUGACAGGCGAAGAGACCUCCUCCCAACUGAAAAGUAACCGAAAACAGGGCAGGUGUCCAGGAGCAGUGAAAGCAUCACCGCCCCUCAAGGGUUGCUGGGAACUGACGCGGUGUGUGGUGCCCUGGCUUGACGGCUAGCGUUAGCAUUAGACUCGCCAUCUAUAAAUACUCGCUGAUCAUCUCCUAGCUCGAUCGCCCUCUAUCUCUCUCCACACCCACGUAGAGACUAGAGAGACAGGCUCGGGGUGCAUCGAGCUCGCGGUAGAUCAUCUUCAUCGAAGGGUCAGUCACGUUCUUGGUCUCGGCGAAGUCUGCGCAAACAUGCAGCAGGCCGCCGGCACCACCACCACGACGACGACGGAGAUCUGGCAGUGGCAGUGCGCCGUGUGCCGAGCUGACUGGAAGAUGCUGCGCCAGGUGACCACCAGCUGCUGCCCGCACGGUGGCAGCCGCUGCUGCCAGGGUGCUCCGCCGCUAUCAGCAGCAAGCCCUCCACUUCCUCCUCAUCACCACCACCGCCGCCAUCACCAUCAUCUUCAUCAAGAGGAGGGUAACAGAGCUUUGGCUGCCGACGAGGGAUCAUCCAACGCCGGACGCAAGACCACCACCACUCUGAACCCUGCCCCUCCCGCCGUUGCGCAGGCCUGCUGGGUUCCGGACCCGUACCUGAUGGUGCAGCAGCUCAGAGAGUUCGAGCCGCUCAACGACGAGGUGGUCGCGCUCAGGGCGCAGCUCCAGGAGUACGCGGGGGAGAUCGAGAGGAGCAUCGAGAGGGACGGAGACGGGACGAACUGGUUCCUCGCUCUCCCGGCCAGCGUCAGGGACGUCCUCGUCAUGGCCAGGGACGCCAUCGAGGCGUUCAUCGCCAUCUCCGCUGCUGCGCCCGCGAACUAAGCAGCUAUACAGUUAUACAAAUGUUGUGGUUGAUCGUUUGCCAUUAGCAAUAACCAUUAACAACAGGACUAUAAUUUUCCAAAAAAAGGAAGGAUUCUAAUU